AAUAAUUGAAAAUAUUAUUCACGCAUGUUAUCAUCAUUAUCGAGAUUGUCUUCAACGGCUCUUCUUUACUUUCCACUCGAAAGAUCAAGAGAAAUAUUUGCUUAACCAUUCAAGUACAAGUAUUAAACAGUUGAGACUUUCAUCUUCGUCCUUUCGCUUUUUUUUUUCUACAUACAAGAUUCCUUUCACCUAGUUGAUAUCACAAUUCUAGUUGCUAGGUAUCGAUUUCGACCGGUAUCCUUAAUACAUUUGAGAACACACUUCAGAACAAUCCAUCUUCCAUAAUUUUCUCUUUCUUUCGAUCCUAUAUUUCUUUUUUAUCAUUAUUAUAUCCAACAUUUCUAAAUUUCUCCUAUAUAUUUAAUAGUAUAGCAGUAAAAAAACAGCGUUCUUCUAAUCGACCGAUCUUUCCAAUUAUUUCCUUUUCUUUCAUUCGAUAUAUAUAUAUAUAUUUUUCAUUUAUCUUUAUUCACUCGACGAUUUUCUCUUCUCUAUCUAAUUUCGAUAAUUUCACAUUUUCAUAAAAAAAAAAAAAAAAAAAAAACAUCCUCACAAUCCACGAUAUUCCACGAUAUUCCAUUUUCUUUAAUUUCACAUUUUAUUCACGUAAUAAAAUUUAUUUUUAUCAUCUCGAUGCUAUUGUUCCAACUGCUGUUUCACAAUACAAUGGUGGGAAAAAAAAAAAAAAAAAAAAAAAGAACUCGAACAACAAUUGCUCAGAGGUCCAAGCAACUGUAGGUUGCUUCUGUGACUUUUUGAGUGGAAUAAUCGCGGGGAGAAUGCAGUCACCUGCUGUUAUCGUUGCAUAACAAACCGGGUAGACGAUGAGAGCCUCGAAGAGCACGGACCUGGCGAUGAUGAUGGCUACCUAUGGCCUGCGAUUCCUCGUUGUCGUCUUCACGAUCGCGGCAGCUGCCACAUUUUUGCACGUGAAUAAUUACAGGCCCAAACAAAUAUUCCUCUCGUGCGACAGACCAUGCCAUCACCUGGACUGGCCCAUGAUUUGUCGAGUGAAACUGACUUUGGAAGUGUUCCAGUCACUUAGCAAAUCGUGCGGCGAUUGUCCGAGGAACGAGACCGCGUGUUUGGCCGACCAUUGCGUCUCGGCUGAUGGACAGAGGCGAGGUAUACUGACCGCGAAUCGUCAGAUGCCUGGGCCCACUAUUCAGGUAUGCGAAAACGACAUCCUCGUGGUGGACGUGAUCAACAGGCUUCCAGGUAAAGCCGCCGCGAUACAUUGGCGGGGUCAGAGCCAGCUCGAGACACCGUACAUGGACGGCUCCCCUUUGGUCACUCAAUGCCCGAUACCGAGUUACACCACUUUCCAAUAUAAAUUCCGCGCCUCCGCCGCUGGAACGCAUUUGUGGCACGCUCACGCUGGGGACGACGUCUCGAAUGGCAUAUUUGGGGCGUUGAUAGUGAAGCAAGCGGACAUAAGGGAUCCUCACAGGGCAUUGUACGACGUCGACGACUCGAAUCACGUGAUUCUGGUGAGCCAAUGGCAGCACUCGGGCGAGAUCACGUUCACGGACGGCCACGCGAAACCAGCCAUCCUUUUGGUGAACGGACGGGGACGUCAGCCGAAUGGGCCCAGGGUUCCUCUGACCAAGUUCACCGUGCUCCCUGGCCGACGUCACAGAUUCCGGUUGGCCAACGCCGGUGGCGCUGGAUCCUGCCCAAUAACUAUCCUCGUCGAUGCUCACCCCCUUCUUCUGAUCGGCCUUGACGGCCAGCCGGUCGAACCACGUCAAGUCGCAUCGAUCACUUUGGCCAAAGGGGAGAGAGCGGAUUUCGUUCUGAAAGCGAAUAAACGGAUAGCUUCCUACUGGAUCAACAUACACACGUCGAAAGAAUGCGGAACGAGUUCCAUAAAUGGGGCUGCAAUAUUGAACUACAAGGGAAGCUCAACGGAGGACCCGUUGCCCACGGCGGAACCCGUCCAACAGCCGGAAGCCGAGGAAUCGAACGAUCUAGUCGCGAUGACGACAAACCCGGCGGACAAAUGUGGAAAUCCCGAGAGUCUGUGCGUGAUGGAAGUGCACUCGUUGAGGAAGAUGCCAUCCGACUUGGGGAAACAGAAAACAGACGUCACCGUUCGUUUGCCCAUUAAUUACAAGCUUCAAACGAACGACAUCGUAGGAAACGGGGUCGAGACGAGAGUUCUGAACGUGAACAACGCCACGUUCACGUAUCCUUCGUCACCCUUGCUGUCGCAGGGUGGAGACGUCUCCGGCGAGACUAUGUGCUAUUCCACCCCCGACGAGGACGACGCUCGCGUCGAGAACAACGAAACUGCAUCGUUGUCGUCGCGACGCUGUCGCCACAGCGAUGCCACCGCCUCCAACGUUUGCGAAUGCGUCCAUGUGAGGUAUAUACCGCUCGGAGCCACGGUCGAGAUCAUUCUCCUCGAUCAAGGUGGCCUCGACGAUCUGGUGUACCAUCUGCACGGAUACACGUUCUACGUGGUCGGGGCCCGAAAAUUCGGACGCAGCGUGUCUCUGAAGGAAUUGAAGAGCAUGGACGACAAGGGGCAAUUGUUCUCUAGGAAUCUCGACUGCACGGUUGCUAAGGAUACCGUGGUCGUGCCGAAAUUUGGCGCGGUUGCUCUCAGAUUUAAGGCGAACAACCCAGGUUAUUGGAUGUUGCGGGACGAGCACGCGGCCGAAUGGACACGUGGAUUGGACGUGAUUCUCCAAGUUGGGGAAACGAGCGACAUGGUGCCGGCUCCGGAAGAUUUCCCCAAGUGUGGAUCCUUCGUAGGGCCGGAAUACUUUCUCAUAUAACGUUUCUCGUAAGGAUCGCGUACACCGUGUACAUAGUUGUAAAUAAAUACGGACAGACUGAAAGUGUGCACUCGAAAAUAUAUUUCGUUUCUUUUUUUCUUCCUUUCUUUCUUUCUCAUAAUUAAGCUACUUAACUAUGUUUUCAUUAUUGUAUAAAUAUCUACGAGAAUUUCUGUAUCUAUAUAUAUAUAUAUAUAAUAAAUAUUAUCUUAAACUUUA